UUUUAUAGGCCUGUGUUGCUUCAGACUCACACAGAAACUUAAGUUGAUAUAUUACAUAUUCUGUAUUGUGUUCAUUUCUACAUUCUGACUAGUUCACACAAACACAUGGGAGUGGAAAAGAUGAAGCUUGCUCUACCCCUGCCUCUGUUAUGCUUUCAUACCUGCUAAAAUGAAUUGAAAAUAGCUUUUAAACGGAACUUUGAGAACUGAGAAAGGCAGUAGUUCAGGCAUGCUAUCAUGACUAAAGAAGAAUGCAGAAUGAGUAUUUCUGGGUAGAAAAGAAUUGAAAUGGCUAAUGGGUCUUCUAUUGCCCAUUUUGCCCUUAAAUAACCUAGUUGCAGUUUAAUAGAGAAACACAUAAUUGGCAGGAACCAAAUGUAUCACACUCUUUCCACUGUACUAUUGCCAAGUUGGCUUGAGUCAGUAGUAUUUUAAGAUGCUUUCCAUACCAUCAGAGCACACUGAAAAUCAAAAGGGAUAGCACCAUAGGUACAAAAACUUCAUAGAACUGAGAAAACUGCUUUUGAGAGUCACGAGUGGGUAACGAAAGAGCAGUACAGCAGUUCAAAAUGAGUCUUCCGGGGUAUUCUGGUGGGAUCAUGUAUGGUGUGCUUGGGAGGAUCUUUUUGCAGGCUGAAGCAGGCUGAAGACUGCUUGAUAUGAGUGGCUGCAGUAUGCAUUAUGGGAUUCACUGGAAAGCCUUGAAGGCCAACACAUGUGCAGUAAAUUUUAUGAUGCAAGCUUCUCUCACGAAGAUCAGUGAGUCUGUUGGGACCAAGAAGUGUGAAAAAAACCUUGGAGAACUGCAACAAGGAUAUUUUUACAUUUCCUGUCUGUACCCUGUCAAAGGAGAGGAAUGACUUGUAAUAGAAGCUGUGGGCUCCUUACUGGAGCUGUCAUUGGUGCUGUGCUGGCCAUCUUUGGAGGAGUUCUGAUACCAGUUGGAGAUAACCUCAUAAGCAGAGCAAUAAAAAAGGAAGUUGUCAUUUCAAAUGGUACCAUUGCAUAUGAUAAUUGGCUUGUGCCAGGAAGCUCUGUUUACAGGCAGUUUUGGAUCUUUAAUGUGGAAAAUCCAUCAGAGGUUUUGAACUCUGGAGCACGUCCAAAACUUGAACAAAGAGGACCUUAUACAUACAGGGUGCGAUAUUUACCCAAAGAAAAUAUCACAGAAAACUCUAAUGGCACAAUAUCUUACAUGUUGCCUAACGCUGCUCGUUUUGAACCUGAUAUGUCUGUUGGGACAGAAAAUGACACCAUCACGUGCCUCAACCUCGCUGUUGUUGCUGCGCCUGCCCUCUAUACAAACAAUUUCAUCCUACUACUUUUAAAUACAUGGAUUAAAUCUUCUAAAUCAAACAUGCUGCAGAACAGAACAGUGAAAGAAAUACUAUGGGGAUACACUGACCCCUUCUUAAGCAAGGUUCCCUUCCCCUUGGACCCAGUUCUGGGAGUCUUCUACCCGUAUAAUGGGACAUCUGAUGGACUUUACAGAGUGUAUAAUGGAAAAGAAGACAUAAGCAAAACAGCAAUAAUUGAAAGUUAUAAAAACAAAAGGAAUCUAUCUUACUGGGAAGGUCACUGUGAUUUGGUUAACGGCACUGAUGGGGCAUCAUUUCCUCCAUUUGUUAAGAAGAAUCAGGUACUGCGCUUCUUCUCCUCUGACAUUUGCAGAUCAAUCUAUGGAGUUUACCAGACCACGAAGACCGUGAAGGGAAUUCCACUGUAUCGUUUCACAGUUCCUCGCGAAGCAUUUGCAUCACCGAUUGAUGUUGGAGAUAACUACUGCUUCUGUACAGAUCAGGUCAUAUCACAGAACUGCACGCUGGCUGGAGUCCUAGACAUUAGCUCCUGCAAAGCAGGAAGGCCAGUGUAUAUCUCUCUUCCACAUUUUCUUCAUGCAAGUGAAUCUAUAUUGCAUGAUGUUGAAGGUCUGAGCCCAAAUGAGGAGGAGCAUGAGACAUUUCUAGACGUAGAGCCUACCACUGGUUUUACACUGCAAUUUGCCAAAAGACUGCAAGUAAACCUCCUUGUGACUCCUUCAACAAAAAUUGAGGCUUUAUCAAAAGUUCAAAAACCUUAUGUUUUCCCUAUUCUUUGGUUAAAUGAGUCUGCUGUUAUUGGAGAUGAAAAAGCAGAAAUGUUCAGAAAUAAGGUCACCGGUCGGGUCCAUUUACUGGGUGUGGUGCAGAUGGCAUUAAUCAUCACAGGUUCUGUGCUGUUCCUCGCAUUCAUGGGUUCCUAUUUCAUAUGCAGAACAAAGAAAUUGAAAUAAGUAACAAAAGUCUUCAAAUGUAGACAAAGGAUGAAGUUUCAGUCAAGCAUGUUAAAAGUCAGUGACAAAAGGUAUGAUUCCACAUACAAUGGAAUUCAAUGGGCUUUUCCAUUUUUAGAAGACCAACUGAAUAACCCAAAUAAACUGAUAUUUACAAAGGCCCUCACUUCAGACAUCAGAGAUCACUGUGGAAAUUAUACUUUCAAAUAACUGAUUAUAUGAACCUUGUUAUGAGUUUUAAAUGACAUUCAAGCAGACUGAAGUUGAAAUGCAGUUGGAAUUUAGUCCACCCUCUGUCAUUCAUGCAAGUUGCUACUUCUUUUCUACCAGGAACUACAAGACAAAGGAAAGACCCUUGCCAAUGUUUUAGCUCUGAGCGCAGGCUAGGGAAUGACAACACCUUUGAGCUCAAGCCAUGAUACUCUGGUUUAAAUGUUUCUUUCUGUUCCUUCAAGGAAUGGAAACUGCAGCAAUUGAACUGCUCUCUAUCCUUUAUUCAGGGAUGUGAAUUGUGUUGAAUGUGAAGUUUGUUAUGUAAAGCUACUAACUGUAAAACAUGAAAUUAAUAAGACUCACUAAAAUACCUGGUUUAUACAAUUUGUGCAGAAAUGGUGUGUGCACAUACCACAGUCAUUCAUUUGCUGAUGGUGCUCAUCAAUGUUUGGCCCCACAGAUAUUUGGUAAUCUGAGCUACUCCCUAACUCCAAUCCUCCACUACACUUUGUAUUCUCUACUGUGUGCUUCUCUUUCUGGCUCUUCUUUGCAUACCAGCCUCUUUGCUGAUAAGCUCCACUUCACCAAAGGUAACCCUUAGGGAGUGAUGUGAUACAUGUCCUUCAAGGUGGAGAGAAAAUUUCCCAGAACACUGGAGACAGAAGAAAUACAAAGAUAAUGAUUUUGAUGGUCCAAAGGGUCCAUCAAAGUGUUCCACAUUUUUGAUUUAGAGCAUAAAUGAGAACAGGUAGCCAUAGUUUUUCUCUGAUAGGCCAUCUGCCACAAGGAAAUAUGUGCAAUUAUGUGGUUAAUGAAGUGUGUCAGCCAGUAGGUAGGAAGCAAACAUUGCCAUCUGUACAAAUGAUUUACUUUUUCAUUUAAUCUGAAUGCCAUAUCUUUGAAAUUAGUGUCCUUGAGACAGAUGCUGAAUAUCAUGGGGUGUCCCAUGGAGACAGUGAAUUCAGAACAAGAGCUUGAGUUCUGCAUUACAUAAGAUUUCUUCAAUUUUUUUUUGUCCACAUAAGGCUGCAAAGAAAAAGGAAAAUCAAACACAGUGCAGCUUCUGAUAAUCUGAUGCUUGGAAAUAGUACUAUAAUAGAUUUUAAUCCAGAAAAGUUUAACUUGCUAGCAAAGGACAGUAUCUUUUGAUAGGUAUAUUCAGUAAAGUGUUUUCACCCUUUGGGAAGAAAGAGAAAAACCCAACAAAAUUUUCUUGUUUUAAUCCAUCAUGUUUAAUGUUCCUUGUGGACAAAGUUGUGUAGCUGUUGUGCAUUAGAGCUGAUGAAUCAUAAGAAUCCCCAAGGACUAUUAAUGAGGUCAAAGUCUACAUAAUACAUCAUGAGAGUCACUUUUUCCAGUCAUGAGCUGGAACUGCAAAGUAACAGGGCAGGAAAUGCGAAAGAAGCAUGACACCAAAGAGAAGUUCUGCUCUCACUUAGAAAGUUAAUGUAUUUGCUUCCUCAUUGUGCUUCCUAGGCAAUGACUUCAGUUAACUGAAGACAUCCCUAGAGUCCUAUGGACAUGUAAAAAAAAAAAUUGAGUACCAUUACAGCCAUUGACUCACCUUCUGUUUGUUGUGGUUCAAGAUCUGACACUAAGUUUUUACAUAUUUUAUAUAUGUAUAUAUAAUGCACUAUAUUUUAUAUAUACAUAUUUAUGUGUGUAUAUCUAUAUACAUACACUUUCUGUGUGCCAGAACCUGAUGGUGAGAUAUUUUCACCAGAGGAACAACAGCAGUGCUUUGAUUGAAUUUGGUACACUUUUGUUUAAGCUAAAUUUUCUUUAGUUUGAAUUCCACUGUUACCACUUUAGCACUUACUCUAUUAGUGUGGUUUAGCAUGAUGUGGUUCUCCGGCAGCAGUGAUCCAGCAAGUCAAGUGCCAGGAUUUUGAAUGUCUCAGGGCCCAAUUUUGCAUGCACAUAAAUGUGUUUGUUCAUAUGUAUAAUCUCAUUGAUCUAAACGCAAGUUCAGACUUAGAAACUAUGUUCUGCUCCUAGACUGUGCUUGAAUUAAAAUUAAUUGUUAUUUUGUUCAGAGUGUUGGUUCCAGUUAUUCUUAAUUGAUGUAAUUAAGGCUAAUGUUAAUUAUUUGCAUUUGUUCAAACUCGUGUGAGAUAAACAUUUAUUAGAGAUGUUAUUGAACUCAAUACAAAUAAAAUAAAGCUCAGACUUUUCUUCCUGAGACCUUCAUGUCUAAAUAAAUUCUGUGUUAAAUAAUGGA